AUGGGAUGUGCCUCUGGGGUUAGUAUGGCUCAAAAUGUUGCCCUUUUUAUGGGCCCUUCCCAUCCUCAAAAAUUUCCUCUGCUGUCAACACCAUCUCGACAAGACCCAAAAAAACGGUUAGAGUAUCAGAUGGCAGCCCCGGUUUCCACACCCGAGCUGGCAAAACUUGAUGAAAAAAACUGCCCCAAAGGUUAUUAUGCCUAA